AUGGAUCGCUCCAAACCUAUGAAGGCUGUUGUUUUCAAUGGUCUGAAGAGUGUCUUGGUACAGGAGAAACCUAUCCCAGCGAUCCAAGAUCCGAGAGAUAUCAUCGUCCGUGUACAAGCUGCGGCUGUCUGUGGCUCCGACCUCCAUGUGUACCGUGGAAUUGAGCCUUGCACGGCUGGCGUGACCAUGGGCCAUGAGUUUAGCGGUGAGGUUGUCGAGACUGGCACUUCGGUCAAGACUGUCUCCAUCGGUGAUAGGAUUGUGUCUCCUUUCACAACCUCGUGCAUGGAGUGCUACUUUUGCCGCAAUGGAUACUCAUCGCGCUGCGAGAACAGUCUCUUGUUCGGCUGUGAGAAGCUCGACGGCGCACAAGCCGAGUAUGUCCGCGUUCCCUUCGCCGACGGCACGGUUCUCAAGGCCCCGGAGAGCCUCAUGACUGAUGCUGCCCUUCUCAUGGGCGACAUCUGGCCGACUGGUUUCUUCGGCGCCUCGAAUGCCAGGGAAAUGCUUGGGCCCGAGAGGUGGGCCGAUGCCGUCGUGGUUGUCAUUGGGCUAGGCCCCGUCGGCCUGUGCGCCCUCAUCACAGCCCUUGAGUACAGUCCUCGCAAGGUCUUUGCCAUUGAUGGCGUCGAAAGUCGCCUCAAGCUUGCGGCAGACCUCGGCGCAGAAACGCUAAACUUCCAUGAUGGCACGGCAGCCAUGCUCAAGAGGAUUCACGAGGUGACCGAGGGUCGUGGUGCUGAUGCCAUUAUUGAAGUAGUCGGCCUCAAGCCGGCGAUGCAGACCGCUUUUGACUUGGUUCGUCCGUGGGGCGUCAUCAGCAGUGUCGGUGUUCACAGCCAGGAGCUUCCGUUCACCGGCGCAGAUGGUUACGACAAGAACCUGCGUGUACAAAUGGGUCGCUGUCCUGUCCGGUCCAUCUUUUCUGAUGCACUUGGUUUACUGGAAAAGAAGCAGCACCUCCUGGGAUUCAUGUUCGAUAAAAUAAUCCCUCUUGACGAAGCGCCCGAGGGGUACAAGCUUUUUGACGAGAUGAAGGUCCAAAAAGUCAUUCUUAAGCCUUAG